AUGCCGAAAUCGUCGCCUCCUCUGCCGUCACCGGCUACCUGCACCUAUGCUUGUGCGCGUUGCAAACAUGAGAUUCAAGACAAAUACCUGCUGAAGAUAAAUAACUUAACGUGGCACGUCAGAUGCUUGGAGUGCUCUGUGUGUAGAACGUCUCUGCAACGUAUCUGCUACAUAAAGAACAAAGAAAUUUUCUGUAAAAUGGAUUAUCUCAGUUUGUUUGGAGAAAAGUGCGCCUGGUGCCGGUUACAGUUCAGCGCUUGUGACUGGGUCCGGAAGGCGAGGGGCAACACGUACCACCUUACGUGUUUUGCUUGUUUCUCUUGUAAAAGACAGCUCUCCACAGGGGAGGAAUUUGGCUUGGUUGAAAAUCGGGUUCUGUGUCGCAUUCACUAUGACUCUAUGGUGGAGAGUCUGAGAAAAGCUGCAGAGAAUGGGAGUGAAAUCACUAUUGAAAAAGUUUUGCCCUCUACCUGUUCGUCCAAGCCCUCCAAGAGAGCACGGACCUCUUUCACAGAAGAACAGCUACAGGUGAUGCGGAGACAGUUCAGCCAGGACAACAACCCCGAUGCCCGGAUGCUGCAGAGACUGGCAAACAUAACAGGUCUGAGUAGACGUGUGAUUCAGGUUUGGUUUCAAAACUGUCGGGCAAGACACAAAAAGCACCCUCCUCAGCACAGACCCCUGACAGAGGGUGCCUCUCAGUCCCCUCUGUCAGUGCCCCCGUUUUCUGGAGAGUUCUACUUCUCUGUUUGA